CUUUGUAAUUCAGGUAGGUUUUAUUUAUGGAGCAUAACAACGGAACAUUUGAGAAACCAGUUGAUGUAAAGAAAGAUUAAUAAAACAUAAAUAAGAAUGUGGUGACGUUGAUGUCAAUAAAGCUUCUAAAGACGCUGAAUGUUCUACAGCACAAUAAUGUAACACACUUGGGGCUGUCUUAGAAAAUGAAUUGGAGAUGUAUUGGUAUUGUUUUAACGAUUAUUCUAUCUUUAACGACACUUUUCGUUACCUUAAUUGGUUUCAAAUAUGUAUAUAAGGACCAAAAGAAUGAUUUUCAACUAACAGAAGAUAUGUUAAGAAUAUUUUUUCAGUUAGAAAGUUUAUCAACGGAAAUGAGAACUUAUUGCUCACAAACAGAUGGACCACAAAAAACAGAAAAGUGCAACAAUGAUUAUCUUUACUAUAUUCUUCAAUAUGAAAAUAGAAGACUUAAAACCGAACUUCAGCAAGUAACAUUCGAACAAGAUACCAUUACAUGUACAAAGGCCAAUAAUAAAAGGAACAAGAAAGAAGACAACAACGAACUCCUGCGAUUUCUUUGUCUCACUGCUGCUAGUUCAAACACCCACAUGUAUGGAUGGAUUUUCGGAAAUAGAAGUCUAACUUUUGGUAGUUCAGAUCAGUUUGAUAUUAUUAUAAAGUUUCAACUAUUAUAUCCGGAAAUAGCUGAUGAUGGUGAAAUACUAUUUGAAUUUGGUUUUACUACAUUAAAAGUUCUUUUACUUUCUGAUUGUCCAAUUAUUGUUGUCAGAGGUCAAAGAUGUGAUGAGGGACUAGGAAUAUGUCUGUAUGUACUAGAAAAUGUAUUUAAAAGACUGGAAAGCGAUAUAUUUGAACGAGAUUCAGAAUAUGUACGAGGGCAGCUGACACUGGAACUUCAUAAAUCACAUUUUGUUCUUAUGUCAAACCGUAAAAUUAUCCAUAUAUCAGAGAUGCUCAAUAUUUCUAAUAAUGUAAAACUUUGGCCAGUUUUUACAUUCUACAAUACACACCUUAUCAAUAUAUCACAAACAAUUUUUUCUGAAGAUAAGAUGAGCUUCGACAGAACAACAGUUGAUCCGCAUUAUUUUAUUUCUGAGGACAAUAACACUAUUUCAAAUUGUAAAUUGCGACCCAACAAGAUAUGUCGUUCGUAUUCUGAUUUUGGCCUAAUUUGUUUUCAAUUUGCAUUCUACCUUUCUUGUGCAGUUCUUACCUGUUUUUUCAUUUUCACGAGAGUCGUUUAAUCUGUUCAUUAACCGAUUGCACUAUAUUUCUUAUCGAGACCAUGUUACUAAGUUUGGAUUAUUAAGGCAAGUAUUUCAUGUCAGGCAGAAGAUGCCGCGCCUGCCGACGGACUCUGUCUCGUUUUGUUGGUUCUGACAAUUUUCUCACUCUGUUAAUCUUGGUUUGUUAAUUGAAAAUUAAUUGAGGAUAUUCAAUCAUCGAUCCUGGUACAAUAGUUCCCUUAAAUGAUACACGUUAUGGUCUUCUAUGAAGAAAUCAGACUUCCUAUUACCAUUUAUUUAAAGAUCUAAUCAAAAUAUACAUUCCUCAUUUAUUAGUUACCUCAACAUUUGCACAGUUACAUUUUUUGGGAGCUGUACAUUUAUAGAUGAAAUGUAUUUUUUGAUUUAAGCUAGUUCGCAGAUGACAUCCUCCGUUACUAAUAGUCUUCCAAGCAGAGGUACCGACCCAGGUAUAAUUUAGAUAAAAUGAAAUUAAUUCCUCACGCCCAAAGGCCGCUACUGGAAUACUUCUUUUAUAAUCUUACAUUAUACACAUGUUAUUUUAUUUUGAGAAUUUAAUAUUGAUGAAUACCAGUUGCAAAAAAACUACAUUUACAUCAUUGUACUUUGGUCAAUGGAUAGAUGUAUCAUCGGUAAUCAUAACACAACUCCUUGUUUUCAUACAAAAAGAAACAAACAUGGGAAGUCUAAAUAGUUUGGUAAGCAUCCAUUUUUGGGAUAAUCUCUUUAUUUUUACAUAGAUAAUUUGGUAAGCAUGUCCACUAACCUAUAUGUGUUGCGAAUCUAUAAUCUUUAGCAUAAAUGAUGAUUUUAUAGUGGAUUUGUAUGGGGUAUCUUUUUUUUUUUAAAUAAGAGGCGGCAUAUACCAAUUGGAGGAAUCAAAACUCGUCAAUUAGAAAGACUGAUAAAAUCAUGACAAAAAAGACAAACAACUCUGUACAAAACACUAAAACAUACGAACCACAUCUUAGUGCAAGUUAUUUAAAAUACUUAUGAUACCUAGCUUAUAGUUUCGUUGUGUUUACAUAUACUUAUAGAAGAAAUUUCAUAUGAAACUGAAAAGGGUUUAAUGCUUAAUGCUUUAAUUACCUUAGUAAGAUAAUGUAUUUUUGAUAGAUUCUUACCUUACAUUUGUGUAGAAAAUAUUUUUUCUUUAUUUACAUUACUUGUAUGAUGAAUACUAUCAAAAUAGAAAGAAAAUAUAGGAAUUUUAGAUUUGAAUGUUGUUGUGUGUAUCUAUGUGUGAUUUCUUUUACAUUGAUUAAAGGGAUUUAAUGUGUUUA